GUUAACCUAAAUAAUGCGGCAACCAUGGAAAGUCGACGAGGAACACGUGAAGGAGCAGAUACUCCAGGAACAGCAGGCAUGGGAAGUUGGAGAGCUCGCUGCAGGCCAUUCAAAGCCCUAUCCACUACAAUUCUGGAGUGUCGGGAAGCUGCUGCGAGUACUGCAGGCCUUGCAAUCUGCCACAAACACUCUAGAAACUCUAGCUCAAUAUGGAAUUACUCGCCACUCAGUUGGUAGCGUGGACCAGCACCGAUCCACGUCUCAACCCACAACAGCGGAGGCGCAGCGCGUCCCCACUACAGACGCUGUGGCGUACUCAUCAAGUCGCAUCUGGAUCACGGGAUUCCUACACUUCGGAGAAAGUUUAGAUACUUGUGAUAUUUUGGAAUUGUGCGAUUCCAAUUCUAGCUUACCUAGUUUCCUUCUAGACCCAAGUCCACAACUGGUGGAUCAAUUGGUGCUGAUAAAGCGUUGGGUGCUGGUGGACAAGGCAUUCGGAGGCGUGCGAACGACAGGCUCAAUGUUUCUCGAAGUGCAUGACGAAAAGCCUGUGAUAUUGUCGCCAGUAAAUGAUCCGUACGUGAAUUGGACACAGAAAGAUGUGCUAGAAGUGCUAGAAAUUAACUACCAGACGACAGACCCACCGAUGUACACCGGCACGGAACGAUGGAUUACAAUUGCAGCGCGCUCACGAGAUACUGGAGAUAACGAUGUAGUGGCGGCUGGACAAAGUGACGAGCGGAGGACAAACAAAAAGCGAAAGCGUUCUCACGUGGUUUUUGGUCGUGUGACGAGUGUGAGUCCUAUUUCACGCCAAAAAGACCGUGCAAGUAGCCACUUUUUCGCUGAGAUAGAGUGUCACCAACGCUGCACUGAGGCAGCAACGCAGAGUGUAGUUACUGUCAUGUUCACUGGAGUCGAGAAUGUGCGAUGGAAUUUGUUUUUCCGCCCUGGAAAAAUCGUGUUCCUGACAGAUCUGGUGAAGGUUCACUCGCGCGAAUGUGAGAUAUUUCUGCUUCAAGCGACGCACGGACACCAGUCGAGUCACUCUGAAAAGGAAGCACUGGAAACUUUGGUUUUAAUCUGGAACGAGCCCUCGCUAAAGAACGCCAUUGUGACGAUGAUCAGUGACUCGCUGAGUGCGUACUCGAAAGAGUUUGUGUCUCGCUGCACAGGGAAGCUGUUGGCUUUCGAAGGUCGAGUGUGUCGACUUCUUUGGGAUGAGUGCAUUGAGCUAUUGGGACCGGAAGGAACUCGUGUUAUUGUCUGUCUGUUCCACUUUCCUUAUACGCACGAGUUGAUCCGUCUUCGCAAGGGCGCUACAAUAAGUAUAAGUGCUGCCCACGUUCUCCGUUGGCCAACACCUGUAGGUGGAAAAUUGGUGAUGGGGCUGUGUCCUCGAAGUCAUUUCGCAAUUACUAGUUACGGUGACCCAAGUGGCCAAUGCAUUACCAUGGGAACACGAUCUCGACGAGGCAGAGUACACAAGAAAUGGUCAAGUUUGGGUGAUUUUCAUUGUCAAUCUAUGGUGUUGUCCAUGUGGCUACUGGAGGUUCUGGAGUUGCUGGAUUUAAAGUUUUUCUUUGGAGGAGCCAAAGAAAUGAACGGUAAAGCAGCUCAGUUAUCAUUCCCACGCACUCGUCGACGUCAGGCAGUGUCUGUUGUGGCAAAGAAACUUGGGUUUUCGCUGGAAAAUGGCCACGACCAGGCUGCCAUGACACUCGGCGCUCUUUUUCUGAAGUGUCAUUCCUCGAGUGCUGGCAACUGCAUGACAGUACAAUUACCUCUUCGAGAAAAACUAUUGGCAUGCAGCCGGAUGGUGACAAUCCGUGAGCUACAAAAAGUUGGCGAGAGCAAGUUAAAGUGGAUGGUUGAAUCGAAAUCUGAGCAUGCCAAUGCGGCAGACGGAGUUCUGUCUAUUCGAAUUCCAGCUGAUGAAUUUGAUUGGUGUUUGCUGCUCGGAUGCAUCCGCAAGAAUGGAGAGCUGGAAGCUUAUGACCGUACGGGGUCAAUCUCGUUGCGUCUGGGUGGUGGUGAGACUGAGAAGGAUCUUACCGGUAGACGUGGCGUGUAUUUAUUUCGAAAUUUUAAUAUUGUGAUUGAGGAUUACACUCAAGUCCAAGGAUUUCAGCAAGAGGAAAGAUUACCACUCGUGUAUUGCAUGAAUUGUUCAGCGGAUAAUAUCGAGUUUGUCAGUAUUCGCGACGAUGAAACUAUCAAUUAUUCACCGGAGGCAAAAGCUGCAGCUGAAUCGCAGACGCCGCAGGAUUCGCCGGAGGUAUUUCAAGUACGCGAUUUACUCCUUCAUCCGCGUACGUACCAGUCACAGCAAUCUGCUGGUAAUGAUGAAGAGCAGUCAAUUAUGAAGACUAUAAACCCUGAUCUGCACAAACCUCACCUGAUAUCAGUGAUUGGAGUUAUCACAAAGAAGAAAUACUACUGGAAAUCUAACGAUCAGCAAUCACCUCGGACCGUUGGAGUGAAGCGUGCUCGACAAGGUGAUAGCAAUACACAAUCAUUCACCCGGAAGUUAGCAUGUAUUCUCCACGUUCGCGACCUCCAACAUCCGGAUACUAUUGAGAUUCGAGUUGAUACGUCGCUCUUCGGUUUGCUGGGUACGCUACAGCUGAACUGUGUCGUGGAGCUUACUCGCCUCCAGGGUUUUAUCGCUCGCUCAAACUUCAAGGUUUAUGUCAGUUGGAUUCAACUUACUGGAGCACGAAUUGUUCCGAACUUGACAGUACCACGUGACGCAGAACUCUAUGGUUUGAUGUCGACAGUGUUCCUGAACGAUCUUUAUUUUUCUUCAAAUAUUGACCGAAUGUUGCAUCGAUAUGUGGUUGGAGUGGUGCACAUUAGUUAUGUGGUGCUCAAGCGAAAGUGUGGUUUGUGUCAUCAGGCGUUGGAGUUCAAUAAGCGUCGAGGUGUUUGGAAGCAUUUUGAGCAAACUGAGUCGAAAUAUUCGCGAUACUGUACGUGGAAAUGGCAUCAGAUGACGCCAUCUGAUUCUGCGUUCAAGACGCGUACGUAUAUGGGGACAACGGUGCGCUGUGUCAUUGACGACGGCUCUGGCCAAGCUGAGCUGUUUCUUGAGAAUGACGUUGCAUGGGAGUUGCUAACUUGCACUGCUGGUCAACGCCAACGCUUUGAGGACAUUCUGAGCAACUAUGUCGAGGAACUGAGCUAUUUCUCUGGACGCACUGCGAAUGGGUCAUUUGCGACAAGCAAGGCGGAGCGUGAGCAGGAAUAUUAUCAAAACGAACUGCACGCGUUUGUAUUGAACGCCAUCCCGUCGCUAAGAUCUAUUGUGGUGUUUGCACAACGAUUCUACAAGGCAAAGGAAAAGGAGGGAAUGUCUGUGCUUACGUUUGGCAAAGAUAUCCACCUCACGACCAAGACCGUGCCGCAGCCGAAGCUGGAGGCCAAGCGCGUGGACCGACUGCAUACCCGCAGUGAGCUGCAGCAGCGGCUAGCUCAGCUACGGCAGCGAAUCCAAGGCACCGGUGGUGCAACACGUCCUUGUGCAACUGUGGAGCAAACCUGAUAAUUUUAUUUCGCGACGACCGAUUAGAGGAUGCAAAUCGCGGCAAGUUGUGCGCAGUGCAGAAGGGAGACACUUCCGUGGGAAUUCAACGAUUGCAUAGAUCAAAUGCUCCCUUGUUGCAGCUAUCGUUUCCAAGGUUUACCACUUCCGAUCUUCCUGUCAGCGUAAGAAAAAAAAGAGAAUAUUUCGAAGUAUUUGGCAAAACAUUGUGAAAGUGAACAUGGAUCCUAGGUCCACCCCCAAUUUUCCUGUCUCACAGCAACAGCCUCCGAUAAAUUAUCGAAAUAUUUUCUUUAUGG